AUGUUCACCUUUUUUUUUAAACCAAUAUGGUUCAUAGUCUCAGUAUUGGUGCCAUUACAAAUAACAAUCGAAACUUUACAUCUAUCACAUAAAGAUUCUUCUAGAAUGGGGAAAACAACUAAAGUUUUACAUUUACAACCACAAAAAGCUACGAUGGUGGAAUUAUUAUUGAAAUACUGGUCACUACAUUGUAUGAUCUAUCUAAUUUUACCGCAUACUCCACUGUAUAUUAUUUACAAGCUCUUACCAUUUUCAUUGAUGAUUUUGACUGCAUUCAAUUUAGCAUUGACGAGAGAAUUGCUUUUACAAUUUAUAAACGUCGUCGAAGAGCAAAAUAGUUUCAUUAAUUUGAUCAAUAAAAUCGAUAAUCCAAAAGCAUCCAGUCUGGAUCAUUUGACUAAUUUCCUAAAUUUUACAAUAAAUAGAAAAAUCCUACAGGAUUUCUUAUUUGGUAGAAUAACUGAACAAAUGUUAAUUUCUACUGAAUUGACGAAGGAUUAUCCAUCGACAAACUUUGUUGUGCAAUUAUUUGAAUGGAUCGAAUCAAAAGUUUCAGACGCAAUGACUAUCUUACUCUCAUCCAAUAAAACUUCUCAUGCAGAUUGUUACAACUCAUACAAAUUUUGGAAUUUUGGACAAGAUAAAAAUUACAAAAAUGACGAUAAGAAGUUUAGACAUAAAUAUAGAUUUAAUGAUGACUAUGAUAUGAUGGAUGAUAUAAUAGAAGAAACGAAAAAUUCUGUUACCUAG